AGAGCGACGUUAUUUGAUGGACAGGGACAGGCCCCAACGGUCGAGUUAACGACGCAGUGAUAGAGGAGAUGAGAGAGAUAAUGAAGGGAAUGGUCAGGCAAAGGGCAAAUUUCGAAACGAAGGUCGCAACUACGUACCGGGAUAAACCCAGGUCUCCUUACUCUUUGCGGUGGGACCGUAGGAACACGGAUCCGUGGAGGAGCGUCGAGGAUUGGAAUCCUCGCACAUUGGCAGAUUACCGUGCGAGGGAGAGAGAUGAAGAUGAUCGGAAACGUAGAGAUGAGGAUACCUGGCGACGUCGAGAUGAUGACAUAGAUAGAGAUCGCCGACGCGACGGGUAUCGAGGAGGAGACUCCUUUAGUCGAGAAGGCAGAUCCGAGCAGUAUCGGCGCAGUCCUGGGUACAGAGGAAACACCGAAGGAUACCGGAGUCCAGUCAAUUUCAACUCAAGGGAUAGAGAGGACUCCCGCGGGCGUUGGGAAUCAGAUAGGGACCGCCGUGACGGAUAUCGUGGCGGUUACGAGAGGACAGAGAGAGGCGGAAGUCGCAGGGAAGAGCCACGCGGACAGUAUCCCGCGUCGCCUGGAUACCCGAAGUCCCCAAACUAUCCGAGAUCCCUUGGACCGUCCAACCAGGACGCGAGACGGUCAACUAUUAGGGGUUCGGAGGAACGGCCCCCUACUCCUAGAAACUCCUGUAUCUAUUGCAGGGCUGACGAUCACGUGAAGAGGGACUGCCCCGACCUUGGGCGGGCAAUAGACGAAGGGCUUGUCGUGCUUGAUGACCGCAAGUAUGUCAAGUGGGCGGAUAACCUUAGCGAUGUAUCGAUGUUCCCUUCGAUGAAGGAGAACGUUGAAGUUAGGCGGGUACAACCAAGCAAGGGUAAAGGAGUCGCAAGGAGUCAGAGUGUGAGGUUGAGUCUACCUUCUGAUGAGGAGACUCCUAUGACACCUAUACGAGUGUCGGCGAUUAAGUCCGCAAGGGCGUCCUCCUCUAAGAGGGCCGACACUGAUUAUGUGAUGGCAAAGAAGGAUGGGCAAAGGAUUGAAGGUGAGGAAGUUAAACUCUCGCCACGCAAACGCGGAGCUAAAAAGUUUACAGUGAAGAGUACUUUGGAUGAUAUAGAUACAGUCGAGCCUCUCAGACGCGCGCUUAGGCAGCUUAUGCAGUGCACGAUACUAGAGUAUUUGGCAGCAUCAAGACCUGCUCGAGAUGAGUUGCAGAUGAUCACGCGCAAGACGCGCAUUCCCCUUAGCGAUGAAGUCCAGAUGGCUACCAAACAGGAGGUACUACCUUCUGUAGCGGUAUCGAGAGUGGUCGCUAAGGCAGACCGCGCAGCAAUGGUGUUCUUAGAUGGAAUGAAAGGGGUGUCUCCGGACAAGUUUUAUAUCCUAGGCAGUGGGACAGUACAGACUACACUCAAUAACGAGGUAGUCCUGCAUCCUGUAAUUGAUAAUGGCAGUGAGGAUGUCAUCAUAGAUGAGGAGCUGGCGGUGCGAUUAAGAUUAGACCUUGAUAGAUCAUAUCAAUUCGAGACUGAAACCGCUGAUGGAAGAAAGCAGAAAGCCUCCAAGGUCUGUCACAAGGCGGCAAUCGAGGUAGAAGGAUUAAUAGUGACGAUGCUUGUUUUCGCAGUCAGGGAUUGCAGCUCGGAGUUAUUAUUGGGGCGGACAUGGUUGAGCCAUAUCCAUGCGGUUACCAUAGAGCGGUCGGAUGAAAGCCAAAUACUUUCCAUUCAACGCCCGGAUGGUGGGCGAAUUAUGAUGGAGACGGUAGAGCCUCGUGAUCCGAGGAACAGAGCGGUUCUAGCAGCGGGUAGUUGAAAACCGGUCACCCUUGCUAGUCGCUCUUUGAACUUU